AUGGCGCUGCCAGCGCCCCCUAGGGCCUUCUGCCAGGACAGGACCUGCAGCGAUCAUGAGUUCUGUGGAGAGAAGACUGCUGGUGGAGAAACUGGCUGCCUCUGUAGAGCCAUUUUUGCCUCCAAGUACAGAGAGACCAACUCUUUGGGUGACUCACCGGUCUGCAGUCUGAACUCUGCUUCUCUGACUCUGGUCGGUUGUCUCCUGGAGGAAAAAGGCAUCGACUAUUCUGCCUUACAGCUGAAAGAGGCGACCUGCAGAGGACAGGUGGAUGAGCAGAGCCACAUGGUGACUUUCAGCUUCAACAGCUCCAACCUAUGUGGGACUGAAAUCAUGAAAAACAACAGCCAAACUGUCUACAAAAACACCAUCAUGACCCAGAACCUUUCCUCUGAUGGGAUUACCCGCCAAGACCAGGUUUCCAUCGACUUCUCCUGCACUCACACUGAUCCUGAUAUACAGACUGUGGCCUUCAGAGUCAAGUCCAGCUCUGUGGUCCAAGUCAUCUCAUCCGGACCUUGGAAUUACUCUCUGACGAUGAAGGCCUACGCUGACGCCGGCCGAACACAAGCUGUGGAUUCAAACACAGAAAUACAACUCAACCAGAAGGUCUGGGUGGAGCUGGACACCGACGGCCUGGAUGAAAACCUGGUUGCUGUGGUAACCGACUCCUGCUGGGCAACAGACCAGGCCUCCCCCUCUGAUGGUCGCAAAUAUUACCUGAUUAAGAAUGGUUGUCCAAACUCUGAGGACCAGACGGUGAAGGUGGAAGGAAACGGAGAGGGAACCUCCAACUACUUCUCCUUCAACAUGUUCCAGUUCUCUGGAAGCUCUGCUGAGGUCUACCUGCACUGUAAACUGCAGCUGUGUGUCAAACAAGAGAACAACUGCGUCAAGGUGCCCCUUCUCUAA